AUGGGCUUCUGUGGUGCAUUUCUCGCAUCGUGCUGCGGCUCUCGCUCCAAAGAUGGGCUUUACGAAAAUGCUCUUGCAGAUUCAGAAAGAGAAGCCGUAGCAGACCUCCUUGGCUACCUAGAAGAUAGAGCGAACACGGAUUUCUAUUCCGGUCCACCUCUACAAGCUUUAAGCAUCCUUGUCUACUCAGAAAAUAUUGACCUUCAACGGAGCGCCAGUCUCACAUUUGCUGAGAUAACAGAAGGAAAUGUGCGAGAAGUUGGACGUGAAACUCUCGAACCUAUUCUAUUUCUCCUUUCAAACCCCGAUAUCGAAGUACAGAGAGCAGCCAGCGCGGCACUCGGGAACCUGGCUGUCAAUCCGGAAAACAAAGUCGCGAUAGUACAGCUUGGAGGCUUGAAUCCGUUGAUCAAGCAGAUGAACUCCCUCAACGUCGAAGUCCAGUGUAACGCCGUCGGCUGCAUCACCAAUCUGGCUACACAUGAAGAUAACAAAGCUCGUAUUGCCCGGUCUGGAGCUUUACAGCCCCUCACAAAACUAGCAAAGUCGAAAGAUAUGCGAGUACAGCGUAACGCUACAGGUGCCUUGUUAAACAUGACACAUUCAGAUGAUAAUCGCCAGCAACUGGUCAAGGCCGGGGCAAUUCCCGUCCUGGUGCAACUCCUAUCGUCACCCGACGUCGAUGUACAAUACUAUUGCACCACUGCUUUGAGUAACAUCGCAGUAGACUCAGCCAAUCGUGCCAAACUGGUACAGACUGAACCACACCUCGUCAAGGCUUUGAUUUCUCUCAUGCGCCAAAGAGAGGGUUCUUCUCCACGGACGCGAGACAGUCUACCACCUCCCAAAGUGAAGCAGCAGGCUGCGCUCGCGCUCAGGAAUCUCGCCUCAGAUGAAGUCUAUCAACUAGAGAUCGUGCGGAACCAAGGACUACCGCCACUACUAGAACUCCUCACAUCGGAAUAUCCGCCUCUUAAGAAUUCGGCUGUCGCUUGUAUCCGCAACAUCUCCAUUCAUCCCGCAAAUGAAUCUCCUAUCAUUGAUGCUGGCUUUCUCCCGCCUCUGGUUGACCUUCUGGGCCCCAACAUCUCGGAGGAAAUUCAGUGCCAUGCCAUAUCGACGCUACGGAACCUUGCUGCUAGCUCUGAUCGGAACAAGCAGCUCGUGUUGGACGCUGGUGCUGUUCAGAAGUGCAUAGAGCGGGUGCUGAAUGUGCCACUCAGCGUGCAGUCAGAAAUGACUGCAGCUAUUGCAGUUCUUGCCUUGAGUGAUGAGCUUAAAACCCACCUUUUGAACAUUGGUGUCUUUGAUGUCCUUAUUCCUCUAACCGAGUCAGAAAGUAUCGAGGUCCAAGGGAACAGUGCUGCUGCACUGGGCAAUCUUUCUUCGAAAGUGGGUGACUACAGGAAAUUUUUGGAGAAUUGGAAAGAACCCAAUGGUGGAAUUCACGGCUAUCUUGAACGUUUCCUCAACAGCGGUGACCCAACUUUCCAGCACAUCGCUGUAUGGACACUCUUGCAACUACUCGAGUCAGAGGACACGAAAUUGACGGAACGGAUUGCCAAAUCUGACGAUCUCGUGUCCAUGAUCUCGCAAAUUGCUGAAAGAACGAUUGAAUCCGAUGAUGAAGAUAACGAAGACGGGGAGGGAGAAGUCGUCGGUCUCGCGAGAAAAUGUCUCGAGCUUCUCGGAAAAGGCCAGAAGGGCUUGCUUGAGGGCUGA